AUGUGGUUCAAGGAUAUCUCUGAAUGGUUGAUACCUCUUAUCUUCAAAACGUUACAUAGUUUCGUGCACGUCCUAAACACCUCGCAUGCCGAUAAGCUGACUGAAACUGUUGUCUUUCCACCGCUUUCCCAGUCGAGCAACAGCGAAGAGAAUGAUGAGGAGCACGUCGAGAAUUGCGUGGAAUGUGCUCAGUUUGCUCCAUUCAACUCUUGGUUAGCCGUUGGAAGAAACGAUGGUACACUAUGCGUAUACGAGACGGUUUCGAGCGCACCACGGAGCGUCUACAGGGGUCCUUCAGCGCAGGCAAUAACACGAGUUCUGUGGUCUAUGGAGGGAAAUACGCCGUUUCUAUGCGCUGGAUCUGUGGAUGGCUUUGUGAGAAUUUUCGAUGCAAGGGAUGGGUCGCUGUACAAGGUACUUGGGAAUGGCGGUGAUGAAGUGUUGGAUAUGACGUUACUGGGAUCCAAUCCACUACGUAUCAUGACUGCUGGUGGUGGCGGAGUUAUCAGAAUUUUUAACUUAUCGCUGCAUGAUUGA